CACUCCAGCUGGAUGAAUAGUACGUGUGUGUGUGUGUGUGUGUGCAUUCAGUUGUCCAGAAAACCUCUCCCAGCCAGAACCCCAAAACUCAGCCAACAAGCCAGCAAGGCAUGAGCUCACAGGGGGAGCAGAUCAGUAUGGAGCCUAUCAGUAACCUUGGACGGAGCAGGAGAUCCACUUUAAACAUAAACCACUAUGCCACCAAAAAAACCCUGGCAGAAAGCAUGUUGGACGUGGCUCUGUUCAUGGCGAAUGCAACACAACUAAAAGCGGUGCUGGAACAGGGACCAGGCUUCACUUACUACAUCACACUCAUCACGCUCAUCAGCUUAUCACUGGCUCUGCAGUUAAUAAUUGGUGUUCUAUUAAUUAUCAUUGCUCGUAGAAACAUAAAUGACACCGAGAAACACGAACGGCUUGACCUGCUGAACAAUGUGGCCACUGGCUUAGUCUUCUUGACUGUGCUUAUUAACAUAUUCAUCACAGCGUUUGGUGUUCAAAAAAGCGGACUUUACCCAUCCAGAGGGCCACGUUAAGUCCACUGAACAGGUCCUGCGAACAUAUGCCAAGGUUCGAAACCCCAGUAUUCAGCUGUUCUUCAUCCCCAAUUCAUGUUUUGAGUAUCUAACAGCUUGAACCCCACUGUGUAUUUUAUUAAUAAAUAUUUUAAUGUAAAGGA